CUUUCUUCCCGUCGACAUGACCGAAGCCAGAAGACGUUCGACCAUCACCGAAAUUCGUGAGAUGCAGGGGAUCCCGGCACCGUCGGAAAAGAAGGCCCCGGUGACCUCAUCCUUCAGCACAGGCAAGGAGGGCGAAGCGCCACCCGUUACCUGGACGCUGUUGUUACAAUUCUGUAUCUACGGUUUCGUCGCCUUGGCACCAUGGAACUUCAUCUUGACCGACUUGGUGUAUUUGGAUGACAAAUUCAAUCACGGUUUCGGUUCGACUAUAUCAAUCUUCUACGGCUUGGCAGUCAACAUCGCGCAGCUUUUCAUUAUCUUCUACGGCAACAGGUUUACCUUCGCUCCGCGAUUCGACUGGGGAUGUGGGCUGCUAGCAGUCUUCAAUAUUCUGCUCGCUGUUGUUGCUAUGACAAUUGGUACGGACAAUCCUUCUCCCAACACAGGCCUUGGAAACGCCCUCGGAACUGUUUGUAUUGUCUUCAUCGCUUUUGGGCAUGCAGUGAUGGAGUCAACGGCCUUUGGGUUGGCUGCUCUCUGUCCUAAGUCUUGCAUGAAUUGGGUCAUGGUCGGCGAGGGCAUUGGUGGUGUUGUUGGUUGGCCGAUUCUUCUACUAUUGAAUGUUAUAUUUGGAAAUAUAGAACGCAGAGAUGAAUGGGUCUGCUUUGUUUUAUUCUUUCUCACAUCGCUGGUCACUCUAGCGAUCAUUCCAAUGUUCCGUGGUAUCACGUCAAAGCAUCCUCAUAUGAGACAUGUACUCGCUAUCGAAAAGAACAGAAACACGGCGAGCUCGUUGAAGGAACGUCAAACAAGACGCCCAGUAUGGAUGAUUCUCAAAGAUGUCGCCCCGAUGGCCUUCUGUGCUUGGUCGGUUCUCACUAUUACAUUUAUAUGCUUCCCAAGUCAAACCAUGAAGUGGGAGGCCCAGGCCGGGACCGAGGACGCCACCAAUGAUUUCAUACCCAUGGUCACUUUCACUUAUCAAAUUGCCGAUACUGUUGGCAGGUUCGCUCCCAAUGUCGGUUUGAUGAUUCCUCAAAAGCCUCUCAUUAUCUUCGCUCUCUGUCGUGCUUUGUUCAUACCCUUGUUCAUUUGCACUGCCCUCUACCCCACGACCAAGCCAUUCCACUGGGAUUGGUUCAAGCACGUAGAAAUGGUGUUCCUUGCUAUCACCAAUGGUCUUACUGCGACCUUAUCCAUGAUGUAUGGGCCGCAACGCGUCCCUGCUGACAAAGCCGAACAGGAGGUCGCGGGGUAUGCUAUGGCUUUCUCGCUGAUCAACGGCAUUUUCAUUGGAGGUUUACUCGGCACAUUGACUGUUUUCUGUCUAGGAGAAUAAUAUUGAAGAUAAUCUGUCCAUUGUCGUGUGCAUAGUUACAAAUGAAAUUAUAACUUACCAUCACAGGAUUACCUAUCUCAACGAUUUCAACUUGUU